AUGUUUACUCAGUCAGCGAUUCCACAAGGUGGUGAUAAGCUACAUGUUACACUGCAUCAUAAGUACUAUCGGCUGUUUCGAUUCAAUAUCUGUGCCUGUCCGAAUCCAACUGGAGAAGUUCAACGAUCCAACCCGGGAUGGUCUCAUUUCAGUUCUUGCCUUAAGUCAUUCAAGUCACCCAAGUGUACUGCUGUAGAAGAUGAAGCUUCUCCACUUUAUUACCCUCGUUUCUGCGAUGAAAACGUUAGUGAACGGUUUGUCGUUCUCUACAAUUGCGGGCGAUUCUGCGCAUCGACUGGACUCUUUGACGACACCGACCUGACAUCCGACGAGGAGAGUCGCAUCUACAGCGGAUCAAACGCUGACAUCAGCAAAUACUCUUACGUGGCAAAACUGAUUCCUGGUGAUAUGGAGGAUUCACCAUUGUGUGGUGGCACGCUAAUUGCUCUCCAGUAUGUUCUCACGAGUGUGUAUUGCCUCGGGUGGUUCAAGCUUGACUUGGACGUAUCGCUCGGGGGUCAGAAGAACAAGGACCAAGGCUCUCAAAAGUCGGAGCGGAUUCGUGCCGUUGAGGCUUUCCGUCACCCACUGUACAACACUACGUGGUUCACGUAUGAUGUGGCGCUGCUCAAACUGGAAAAGCCAUCCACUCAUAAACCAGCACGUCUCGCUGAUGCUGAUGGAUCGGACGCGAAGUCAGGCACAAUGGCUACUGUCUUUGGGUGGGGGGAGAUCACCUACAGAAAAAAUGCUGAAACACUUCAAUCAGUAGCCGCCAAAAUUAUCGCCGAUGACGAAUGUGGCAACUAUGCCAUUGACCUCGAUGUGUUUUUGUGUGCCGGGACAGAACGCGGGAAGGGCUUUUGUGCCGAAGACACGGGGCUCUGCUCUGUUGUCCUCGCCCUCUGGAAACCAGAACAUCCUCCGAAUGUUCUCCACACGCGGGAGGUGCGCGUGUACAAUCCAGGCAGUUCGCCACAAUCAUUAGAAGCUUAG